AACAUUGAAAUUGAGAUUCAGACUUUAUGGAACUGUCAAUAUUUUCAAUUCAGAAAGUUGUGACUUCGAACUUGAGCUCUUCAAAUGGCAUGCUAAUGUUUUUUGAUAGAUUUUUCAACUUCAACAAAUGAUAUCUGUAUCCUGAUUUGAUUGAUAAUAUCCGAUACUUUGCCCAGCUGAUGUAAUUUUCUUGUUUGCUGUUUCUUUAAUAGAUCUAAUCAAUAAACACUCAAAUUUUGAUAGUUGUCAACGUAUCUUAUUUAUAAUUUAACGAUUCCCAAAUAUAAUUAUGACCAAAAUACUAUAAUUAACGACAGUUCUGUUUGAUCCUCUUUUUGGAUUCCAGGAUAGAUUUAUUUGACUAAUUCGGUUUGUAUUGUAUUGGGCUAUCUUCAGGACCUACGGAAGCAAACAAUGGCAACCUUACGUAAAAUAAGAGAAAUUUACCGACGAGUCCGUCGUAAAUACAACCCACAAAGUCACCAGUACGAGCCGAUUCCAGGCGAAACCAGUCCAUCGGCCAACCAAACAUUUUCCUCAACUUCACCUUCAACCUCUGGAUCAUUUGUAACCGCACGUGAAGACAUUUCACCGCAAUCACUGUUGUCAAUCCAUCAAGUUGAUUCCUUAUCGUCUACCUUGUCAUCAUCCAGCGAUCCCUUGAUUCCCAGAAUCCGUUCAUCAAACAUGGAUAAGCAUUUCUUCAACAUAUUAAUCCUUGGCUUUUCAUUUCUACUUUUGUUUACGGCCUUUCAAACCGGUGGAAUGAUCCAGGAAACUGUUGUUAAAGGAGUUAAUCAAGAAUAUGCUAAACAAUGGAAUGGCCAUUCAUGGAGUGGAUAUACAUCGCUCUCAAUCGUCUAUCUAGUCUUUUCAAUAGCUAAUUGGAUUGCUCCGUCCAUUGUUGCCAUUUUUGGACCUAAAACCUCAAUGAUUAUGGCUGCAGUCAUCUAUUGUCUAUACAUUGGUUCCUUUUUGUAUCCACUUUGGUGGACAUUGUCUGCAGCUUCUGCUGUUCUUGGUCUUGGAGCAGCCGUUAUAUGGACUGCUCAAGGAAACCUGUUAACAUUAAACAGCAAUCAAAGCACCAUUGGUCGUAAUAGUGGCGUGUUUUGGGCUCUUUUUCAAGGAAGUCUUAUCUUUGGAAACAUUUUCGUUUCAUUCCAAUUUAAAGGGAUUGACAUUAUCGAUGAAAAAACUCGUCAAACGACUUAUUCUGGCCUCUUAGGAGCUGGAAUCGCUGGAACCAUUUUAAUGUUCAUGUUGAGAAGCUAUCCAGCAUCUGAGACUAAUGAGAAGCCUGUUGGCCCUGUUCAAGCUCUUUACGAUUCAUUUACUCUAUUCAGAACGAAAGCGAUGGUUUUGAUGUUUUUCACUUUUGCUUACACAGGGAUAGCGCAAUCCUUCAUUACUGGAGUUUAUGUCAACUCAAUUGGAUUCACCAAAGCAAUCGGUGAAAACAGGAAAACCUUUGUUGGUGUUGCUGGUUGUUUGAUUGGUAUUGGGGAAACAAUUGGUGGCGGAAUCUUCGGAAUUUUCGGUAAAAAGACGGCUAAAUUAGGACGAGAUCCAAUCGUAUUCUUUGGGUUGAUUUUACACAUUGCCGCUUAUGCUGGAGUCUUCAUCAAUUUACCCUUUAAUGCCAAUUUGGGUGACACAGAUGAAUCUUCGAUUAUUCCUACAAGUUUACCAUUGGCUUUGGUCUGUAGUUUCCUCCUAGGACUUGGAGAUGCUUGUAUGAACACUCAAAUUUAUUCACAAAUCGGAAGCUUCUAUGAAUCAAAUUCAGCGCCUGCUUUUGCCAUAUUCAAAUUUGUGCAAUCAUUAUUUUCUUCGUUAUUUUUCUUCUUUACCAGUGAAAUAACAUUGAACAUUCAAAUUUAUAUAAUGGUUGGCACAGCAAUACUCGGGUCAAUCACAUUUUUCAUUGUUGAACAAGCAGCUCGUCGUAAAUCAAGAUCUGCUGAUAUAACACCUUCAAUUGCAGGUGACGAUGUAAAGGACGGAAUAACAAAUCCAGCUUAUGUUAAGGAUACAAUCGGUCAAAGCACAACAACUUUGGUUGUUCCUUGAUUGAAAUCAUUUAAAUCACCAUCAGCAUAUCAUUGUUAUUUGAUGGUUAAACUUAUAUUGCCAUUGUAAUUAUUUUGAUUGUUAUCUAAUGUUUAUAUUUCGAGAUUUUCAAUCACAAGAGUAUUUUGGCCAUUUUUAUAUCUUUUUUUGUAAGCUUUAAACGAAACAAAGUUAAAUAUAUUUUGCUUUGGUUUCGGUCAAAAGCAAUAUAAAAAUGGCUUCCAAGUUGAAAAGUAACAUCACCUCAAGUAUUUGAUCCCAAAAAUUGAAAAUAGUAUUGAUUUUUUGCUAUUACCUACAAUUAUUUUUUAGUGACUUUAUUUAUCUGGAUUAUAAAUAAUUCAAAUUUGUUGGUUUUGUUACUUUUUACCAUUCCGUGUUUGAUCAACAUCAAGUUAACCCAAACUGCUGAUCAAAUGGCCUUUUCCUGAAAUCGAUCUCAUCGACUAUUUUCUGAUAUUGUACAUUGAUUGCAAUUGAAAUGUAUCAUUUCAAUGUCUAUCAACUCUUUUUUUUUGUAAACAAGAUUUCAUUACAUUCGGCUCAAAGGGUCGAAGAAAGUUCUCUUUUGUUUUCCAAUCUUAUUUUGAUGAAAUUUAUUUUGUUAAAAUUAUUAAAUGACAUUAAAUUGUGUCCAAUCAA